AUACCCAAGAAGCUACGGAAAGAAAUGCUGGACCGCGUGCACGAGGGACACCUCGGGGUGAACAAGGCAAAGGCGAGAGCUAGAGCCCUAAUGUAUUGGCCGGCUAUGCAAAAGGACAUUGAGGAAAAAACGUCAAAAUGUGAGACCUGCUGUCGCUACGCGUAUCGGCAGCCAUCAGAGCCAGUGCUAAUGAAGCCUGUCCCUUUGUCGUAGUGGUCAAGAAUAGGGUGUUACGUUUCGCCUACGACGCGCGGUAUAGCCGGCGUGGAUGCAACGGACGCCGGGGCUUCGUUCAAAGCGGCGGACAUUUUGGCCCGUUGGGAGCUCCCGCAAAGCCUCCCCGCCAAGCGCGUCCAGGCGUGUUUCAGUGCCACGUGUCUUCGUGUGUGCGUGUGUGUGUGUGUGCCCACGCUUGUCAAAGCGCGGCAGCCGGGGAGAGGAGCUCCCCAAGUGUGAAGCGAGGAGGUCUGACAGGCGCCGGCUUGGCGGAUGCGUCACUACACUCGUCUCAACGUGUCUCUCAGCCUGUCCGUGCCCGCCGUCACGUGGUCUCGUCACGAGGCCUUCCUCUUGCCCUCAACUCCGAGAGUAUAAGAGCAGCUGCCCCCGGACGCCAAGGGAGAGGCUCCGAUUUCUUCUGUUGAGUAACGUGCUCUCCCGUCUCUCCACUUCGGUCGACCUGACCGCCCGCUCUUUUGCGAUGCUAGAAUAAACAAGUUGUUCUGUUACCAGUCGACUCAUGCUUUGCCAGGACCUUCGGAUGCUUCCAGUUGUGCCCCAGGCCGCCAGGCCAACGCUACCCUUGGGGCUUGCGACCCAUUUGCAACAACGGGCGUCAGCGCUGAGAUCCCAACAAGGGUUGGACCUGUGUGAGCAUGCGGGAGUGCACUACUUAGUGGGCUAUGACGCUCACUCAAACUACCCAGAAGUAGAACAGCUGACUCAAACAACGAGCCACCAAGUCAUCCAGAAACUGGAAAUGUGGUUUGCCAGGCAUGGGAUACCUUUAGAAGUGUGCACGGAUGGGGGACCGCAGUUCUCCUCGGGGGAGUUCCUAGAGUUUGCCAAGCUAUGCGACUUUCGACACGUGGUUUCGAGUCCGAGGUUUCCAAGGGCAAAUGGGCUAGCCGAGAAAGGAGUACAAGUGUUCAAAAGACUCCUGAAGAAAACAAAGCAUGCUAAUGAGCCUCUGUGGCUUGGACUUCUAAACUACAGGUCAUCGCCACUAGAGGAUGGAAGGAGCCCUGCGCAGCUGCUGAUGGGAAGACAACUUCGAGGCCGUCUUCCAGACUUCUCCACCCCUCAGGCAACCGAGGUGAAGAAGCAGACACAAAGGCACCGGCCAAGGCCGGAACUACCGCCACUCAGGACAGGAGACACGGCCCGCCUUUUAGAAGAUCAGGGUUGGACUAGCAGAGCCAGAGUAACGCGGCAGGUCACACCACGAUCAUAUUUGAUGGAAACCGAAGACUGGAGCCUACUGCGUCGAAAUCGGCAGCAUAUCCUGCGGACGGCAGAGCCGUUCCACUCGCCUAGUGACACAGCGGGCAGCCCCCACCAUCCUCAGAAAGCUAAUGGCAGCGGCCAAGAAACAAGCCCUGCAGGCACCCCAGAACGUCCACCAGCCUCUGGCCUGCACGACGCAGCAACUCCCAUGCGCCGCCCUGUGCGGGCAAGGAACCCGCGAGUGCGUCUAACUUACGAUGAGAACUUCGAGCAAGAACCUGCUGGACCCUCUCGUGGGAGUGAGGGAGGUGUAACGUAGCCCAGCCUAGCGGGAGCGCAUUGCCCAGCCGGCAACCCUAAGCUCCCAAGAGGCUGUUGCGCGUUCUCGAGUAGUCGGCGUGCAUUGCA